AUAAGUCGCGCAGAAGUUUCUCUCUCUCUCUCCAGAAGUUUCUCCUAUAAGUCGUGACAGUCAUGGCAGUUCAAGAAAAUGAGGUAUAUUAUUCAGUGAUCGACCUGCGGGUGAGGCUUAGGUUUGUCACAGGAGUUUCUAACCCUUUAUCGUUUCAUCAUCAGGUGUCCAAGGAACAAUUGAAGAGAAUUAUACGUGCCUCGAAGCCUCACUUUAAGGCUCUGCCAACAUAUGAGGGCACAUCUUUGGGAUUGUUUGGACGUGUAGCGUUAGGACUUGAUUGUGACGAGAUGUACCCCAAUUUAUUUGUUGGUGAUAUGAGCACUGCUCUGUGUAAACCCUACCUAAGAAAACUUGGUAUAACCCAUGUCUUCAAUGCUGCUGAGGGUAAUUUUGAAGGAAUGGUGAACAGUAAUGGUGCUUACUACAAUGACAUUGGAGUCCAGUACAUGGGAAUUCCAUUAGUCGACCAUUCAUCUAGCAGCUUAUGUCAAUAUUUCCUUACUUCGGCACAAUUCAUUGAUGAUGCCAUCAGGGGAGCAGGUAAGGAAAUGCACCUACUUUUCACUGCUUUCAUCUAUACAGGCAAAGUACUUGUACAUUGCGUCAACGGAUACUCCAGAUCUCCAGCAAUUACCGUAGCUUAUCUAGCCAUAAAAGUUAACAUGCCAGUACCCAUGGCACUCAAAUUGUGCUGUGCAGCUCGCAAGAUUUGUCCCAAUGACGGAUUUUUAAACCAGCUAGCAAUCCUUGGAAACACUUUAUCAAAUUGUUAGCUUUACAAUCAAAGUUACCAGUCUUUUAACACUAUUAUUUGAAAGCCAAAUAUGUUGCUCCCAUAAUUACUUUUUAAAAAUACUUCAUAACUCUGAGAGCAUCUAUCUUACAAUUCAACAAAUAAAAAACAGAAGCAAUACAUUGAAACACGUGUAACACUUUAAUGAGUCACCACUUGCCAGGUAAAUGGACAUGCCAACACAUCUCAGUGUUCAUUGGAUAGCACAAUCUAUUCUGUCUAUUAACAUAAUUAAUACCUAGGCCAAAUUCGGAGAAACUGUCUGGCUCAGGAAACUG